AUGGUGCUAAAGGUGUACGGACCUCACUUCGCUUCACCGAAGCGAGCUCUCGUAACGCUUAUCGAGAAGGGCGUCCCCUUCGAGACCGUCCCCGUCGAUCUCCUCAAAGGAGAGCACAAGCAGCCUGCUUAUCUCGCCUUACAGCCUUUCGGUACCGUUCCUGCUGUUGUCGACGGAGACUACAAAAUCUUCGAGUCGCGUGCGGUGAUGAGGUACGUAGCGGAGAAGUACAGGUCACAAGGACCCGAGCUUUUGGGGAAGACCGUGGAAGAGAGAGGACAAGUUGAGCAAUGGCUCGACGUGGAAGCGACCAGUUUCCACCCACCGCUACUCAACCUGACACUUCACGUGAUGUUCUCGUCGGUCAUGGGAUUCCCAGCUGACCAGAACCUGAUCAAGGAGAGCGAGGAGAAGCUCGCGGGGGUUCUUGACGUGUACGAGGCGCAUUUGGCAAAGAGCAAGUACUUGGCUGGUGACUUUGUGAGCUUGGCUGAUCUGGCUCACCUCCCGUUCACUGACUACUUGGUUGGUCCGAUCGGGAAGCCUCAUCUGAUCAAAGACAGGAAGCAUGUGAGCGCGUGGUGGGAUGAUAUUAGCAGCCGUCCUGCGUGGAAGGAGGUUCUUGAGAAGUAUUCGUUCCCUGGUUAA